GCAAUCUGCGAUCCAGAGGAAGCCCUGGCGCCUGUUCGCUCCCCUCAUUAUUCUCGUGUUAUUCUCUAUCAGCUCGCGUGUUACUUCACUGCUACAAACAAUUGGAGCAUAAUGAGCUGCGCGUGCAGCGAUUUGUCUCAUUGACAAAUUCUCGAAGGCCCCCUCGUUUCGUAGUUGCUUUAAAACGCACUCCUGUUCAUCUGCGCUCCUUUUUUUAAGGUCCUUUUUGAGGUGCCUUGUUGGUCACGUUAAAAAGUAAACUUUUCGUUGAACGUUCGAAUACUCGGAUCAAACCGGCGGCCUGGAAGAUGGUUCGGUAUUUUAGAAGAACGUUUAAAUAUUAUUCAGCAUUUCCCGGUGGGAGUUUUCGAUUGGGAAAGGUCGUUGAAAAGGGGAGGAAAAUUUGGCGUUCGCAGUGCGAUUUUCUGCCUCGCUCGUUCCCGCGGUCAAAGGAACGAGAUUGAAUUUGAAUGAAUGACAAAGCGAAUGAGCGGGCGGAAGAAACUGGAAGUGAAUCAGAGUCGCUGGACGGCUCGUCGAGCAACGCGAUCCGAGGGCCGCUCGAGUGAAUGGGAUUGAAAUUUAGGGAGGCGCAGAAAGCCCUCGGCUCGGAGCCGAGGGCCUCGCGGCUUCGUAAAUCGUCGAGCUCCAUUGUGCGUCGCAUCUCGGAAAGACAACUCGCUGUUCGCUUGCGAUAAUUAAGCGGAAGCAGAUAGCGGGACAAUCUCUGCUCGGCACGACCGGGAAGGGAUGUGGACGUGCCGCUCCGCCCUCGUUCCCUUGACUCCGAGGAGCGUUUCUCCAAAUGGUAAAAACAAGAAAGAGACAGAAAUUCGUCAUUCGGCGACUCGAGUAUCGCUCGCAACGUCCAGUUUCUCGUCAGCGACGAGAAUCAACCUUUUUCCUAUUUUCCGCGUCUCCGCGCUCGCGCCCAAUCCCUCGAGCCACCGAGCACUCUCACCUUUCCCAGCAGCCUCGUCGGUAGACCCCUUGAAAAAGUUGCGGGGCCGCGUGUGCGCGCGUGCUUUUGUACCCGUCGAAAUAGCGAGGAGCUCGAGGAUACCGAGGACCAAAUAAAGUUACGCGAGGCAUCGAUUCUGGAUUAAUUUCCGCUACGUCGAGAUCAAUCAAGCUUCCCACGCGACAGCGUGCUUCGCGUUUGAUCGACGUUAAUGGAUUGAUUCUGAAACGCUUCGCUCCGAGACACCGAUCAUGAAGUACAUCGCAUUCCUCACCGUCGUCGCCCUCCUCGAGUGCGUUUCUACCUCGUGGGACAGCGGACCUCGUUGCCCGCCCCUCAUCUUUCCAAACGGUCGAGUUCGCACGAGGUCCAGAGGCAAGAUCGUCAGAUUCAGCUGCUUCGACGGCUGGACACUCGUAGGUAACAAGUACUCGACCUGCAUCAGGGGCAAAUGGGACACUCCUACGCCGGUGUGCGUCAACUCACAAUGUCCGCCCCUACCACAGCCGGAGCAUGCUCUCGUAGCAACGAAGUACAAUGGCGGAGUAUCAAUUUAUUUUUGUGCGCCUGGAUACAUGCUCGUGGGUGCUGCAGAGAUAUACUGUAACGGUAGAAAAUGGAACGCCACAGCCCCUUAUUGCAGAGAUUCAACCGCGGCAGCUCCAACGAGCUGUGAUUUCGAGAAAGGCGACCUCUGCUGGUGGGAACAAGAUCCGACUCACGAUUUCGAUUGGCAGAGACACAAUCAUGACACUCCGAGCUCCCACAUCGGCACUGGACCCUCUCACGACCACACCCUGGGACCUGGAUACGACGGAUACUAUCUCUACGUCGAAGCAUCCGGACGCCUCGUCAAUGACACUGCCAGAAUCGUAUCGCCCCUGUACAACGCCUCCCUCACCGAGUCUGGCUGCUUCUCAUUCUGGUACCACAUGUACGGAGCGACCAUCGGAGCACUCAAAGUUUACUUCAAACCUGAAAACGCUCAGUCGCAGUUGAUGUUCGAAAAGUCCGGCAAUCAGGGAAAUCAGUGGUUUCAUGGAUCCUUCCAUUUACCAACUACCAAUCUCAGCUUUCAAAUUAUUAUCGAGGGCAUAAGAGGCUCGAGUUACGUCAGCGAUAUCGCUGUCGAUGACGUUGCGAUUCUUCAGGGUGAACAGUGCUCUUUCACGCGGCUUCCAACGACCAUGAGAAACCUUCCGACGAACGAGGAUGAAAUCGAGCUGGUGAACUCUCUGCAAAGUUGUCGCGGACGUUGCGGAAAUGGAACGCCGAGUGCGGAUGCCUGGACGACGCUUCUGCCUCCAGGUUCGCCGGAUGCCUGUCAGUGCAAUCUGGACUGCGCCCAAACCUCCAUUUGCUGUCCCGAUUUCGCGGAGUACUGCGUACUCGGAGCGGCGGACUGGACUACGAGCGCUGACCUGCGAACGGUCACGGGAGGGCCGAUCGUGACGCUGGAACCGAGCACCGCGAUGAAGCCGAUUCCCAUCAGGCCCAAGGACGACAUCGACCCCUACCCCAAAAUCACCGAAGUUCCGGAACCUCCUCCGACUCCCCGGAAAGUCACGCCAACCACGACCACGCCGGCGACCACGAAGACGAAAAAACCGACCCCCAGUUCCAGGAAAACAACGGCCAAACCAACCACCACGAGGAAAACGACGACGACGACGACGACCAGCCGACCCAGUCCUUCGGCCACGACCACCAGGGAAACUCCCUUUCCUCGGAUCACCAAGACUUCCGAAGAUCCUCAUUUCUCCCCUCGAACAGAGGCUCAUGUUCGUGCUGAACAGGCGACGAUUCAGCAGCUUGACUCCUCGAUGUCCCUGGGGGUGAGUGGUAUAUCUGCGAUAGUGAUCGUUAUUGGAUCGGCGAUUGUUCUGUCAACUAUCAUCACGUACGUGAUUGUACGAAAACGAAAAUCGUACAAGCGAGGCGGAGGCGGUAGUGGCUCGGCCCUAUCCGAGGACAGCGACGUUCGAUUUCUCACCACCGAUGAAGUUCUCGAUUUUAAUCUCGCUCGACCCAACGACUACGACGAGCUAUGAAUGGUUCUAUGUACAUACUUAUUUUAUGUGAAUGCUGUGCCUUCACCGGUGCACAUCAAAUAUUCGAUACUCGAUAUUAUUGUAUUAAGGCGAGCGAUCCCUUUAGGAGCAUAAAAAAUAGGUAUUUUUCAGGAUUUUUUUUAGAGGGGAUAGAAUAAUCUGAUCACUUUCAAAUCUCUGCAUGAGUUUGUUAUAACGAUCAAGUUUUCAAAGAAAAAAAUUAUUUCGGAUGACCGUCAAAAUGGCGGCGUUAUUAAGGCUCUUCGAACGCCUGUUUUUCGCGACAUCGAGAACUGCGCGCAAGUUGUCACUCUUUCUGUUGAUCUGAAAAUUAUUUGGCAAGUGUCAAUCGUUCACUCACAUCUUAAGGGAGAGGAUGGACCUAAAAAAUGAUGACAAAGUGCAAACUUGAACAUUUGGGAGCCUAUUUACUUAAGAGUUGGAAUUUUCGACCAUUUUUUCGACAUAUUUGACCCCAACAAAGCGAUUUAUUUACCUGCUACCUUUUGAAAUUAAGUUAUGUCCUUAACAUUACUGAGAGUAACCUCCCAAAAUUUCAUCCAAAUCGGUUGAUAACUUUUUGAGCAACAACACGAGCAGUUUUUGAAAAAGUAAUUCCGAGAUAAUCGUGUGAAAACCAUUAAUUGUAGUGACUUCCGAUUAUAUGCGAUGACUCCGCGAAUAUCCAAUAUUUUCAGUUUUUCUUUUGAAAUAUGUAAAAAAUAAAAAAAAAAAAAAAAAUCGAUUUUCUCAAAAUUCCAAAGGGAUUGCUCGCCUUAACCCUUCGGCUGCACUCUCCUGACGGUUUGCACCAUCGAGGGACGCAUUUUCCUGCAUUUUAUGCAGUGCACAAUAGUCGAUUAGUUUUUCAAAGUCAAUAAUCUUUGAAAACAUUUUGAAGUUCGAAAUCUUCGGUGCUGGAGAAAAAGGUAUCGAAAAACGAGCAACGAAAAAAAGGUGCAACCGAAGGGUCGGUCGUAUUUAAAUAUUAGAAUUAUCAUAAGAAUGCUAAUUAUGAAGCUUCCGGAGUGAAGAAAUGUGCAAGAAGCAGCAGUGAGUAUUCUAACGAUUUGUUCAGAGUCAAGACAGUGUUGAAAAGAAAUGUCAUCCCUCCAAUUCUCCCUCUUUAUUUAUCCAUCCAGCUCUUUGGAGAGAGGGGGGGGGGGUCGAAGGAAUAAAAAGGACAAUAAAAAAGAUGGGCCAUCCAGAAAUGUACGAGGAACGUGAAAAAUUAUAAGGAGCAGAGAAAAUGAUGAAAUUUGUGAGGUCUGAAACUGUAAUUGAAAUCGAAAAAUCGUACUUAAGAUUAAGGAGGGAAGGGCGAGGAGGAUUGAGAAAAGUUGGAACGAUAAAUAUAAUUUAACGCUGUGGACUGUAGUCGUGAGAAACAAAGAUAACAAAGAUGGAAGAAAGAGAGUAAUGUGAACGAAGAAAUUCAUAGCAAGUGGCAGCGACAGAUUUAUAUAACCGCGUGCCUGAGGCGGAAAAAUCCAAGGUGAAUAAAACGCUCCUUUCUCCUGA